UGAUAACCUUAGUAUAUAUAUGUUUGUGGUUUCGAUUAUUGCAUGUCAUUGCCUUCCGUAACGCCACACGAAAUAUUACGCAUUUCGUUGCUGCCAUGGCGAUGCCAAAAAUUUCCGAGAUUUUAUUUUUAUUUUUAUUAGUUUUAGUGGUGAAAAAUGAGGCAGCAAGAAUAUUGGCAAUAUACCCAACACCGUCUAUCAGCCACCAAGUAGCGUUUAGACCGUUGACACUCGAACUGAUCAAAAGAGGCCAUGAAGUGGUAGUUAUAACGACAGAUCCUAUAUUCCGGAAAGGUGAAGGUCCAACUAAUUUGACAGAGAUCGACGUCCACGAUGCGUCUUAUAAUACUUGGAGGAAAGGAUUGUUGGAAUCGGAUCUUACGCACGGAAGUAAAAACGAUAUGAUCCCUCAAAUGAAAGUGAUGUUUAAAUUGCUCUUAAAGAUAAUUACAGUACAGUUGCAUCACGAGGAAAUCAACAACAUACUAAAAGGCAAUAUAAAGUUUGACCUUUUGAUUCAUGAAGCGUUCUACUUGUCACACUUAGCUUUCGCGCAUGUCUUGAAAGUGCCCGUGAUACAGAUAAGUUCUCUGGGAGCGGUUCACGAUGUGACGACUAUCGUCGGGGCGCCUAACCAUCCAUUGCUGUACCCAGAUUCUAUUCAACAGAAAAUUUUCAAUCUGUCGCUUUGGGACAAAUUGAAUAAUCUAUACAUGAAGUACCAAAUGAAUUCAGAGGCGCAAAGAUUCGAAAGAGGGAUGGAAGAUUUAGUCAAGAAAGAAUUUGGUCCGCAUGUGCCCGCUAUGAGUGAAUUAAAGAAAAAAGUCGAUUUAGUGAUGCUGAAUGUACAUUCGCUUUGGGAGAUGAAUCGGCCUACGCCGCCCAAUAUGAUUUACUUGGGAGGUUUACAUUUGAAAACUGAGAAGGAGUUGCCUAAUGAUAUCAAAUCGUAUCUCGAUUCAUCGAAAAACGGCGUCAUUUACAUAAGUUUUGGGACCAACGUCGAGCCGGCUCUGCUACCUCCGCAAAAAAUCCAAGCCCUCAUAAAUGUGUUCUCCAAACUCCCAUACGACAUAUUGUGGAAGUGGAACAGAGAUGAAUUGCCGGGCCGUAGCAAAAACAUCAAAAUAUCAAAAUGGCUGCCGCAAGCCGACCUAUUAAGACACCCUAAAGUUAAACUGUUCAUCACUCAAGGAGGUUUGCAGUCCACCGACGAAGCGAUAGUAGCUGGGGUUCCGAUGAUCGGUUUCCCGAUGUUGGGAGAUCAGUGGUAUAACGUUGCCCAAUACGUGCACCACGGUAUCGGCUUACAAAUGGACAUGGAAACUUUAGAGGAGGAUAAAUUCAGAAACGCCAUCAAUGAAGUUGUGAAUAAUGAGAGAUAUCGACGCAACAUCAUGCAUCUCAGGACCAUAAUACAAGACCAGCCCCAGACCUCGUUAGAGCGUGCCGUGUGGUGGACGGAGUACGUCAUCAGACACAGAGGCGCACGGCACCUGCGCUCUCCAGCUGCCAACAUUACCUGGGCGGAGUACCUGGAAUUAGAACUCGUAUUUUACGUACUUGCGGCAUGCUCUGCUUUUCUCGUAGCUUUAAUUUUCAUUGUUAAUAAAGUAUCAAAAAUGGUGAGGCUAAGUAUAAAGUUGAAAUCUAGUUAGGUAGAAUCGAUAUUUUAUCUAAUAAUCAUUGUAAAUAUGACGAGUUAGAUAUUGUUCCGUAAAGGUUUGACAAAUAAUCUAUUUUAAAAUUAUUUGUUGAAGAGUCAAGUAAGUGAUAUAAUAAAUAAGAGAAAUUGAGCGUCGUUGUGUUUAAGUAUACUUAUAGUCUUUUAAUAGUAUUAAUGUUAUUGUAAAUAUUGCCAAGUUAAUUAUAUAUUGAUUUUUUAUUUAAAUUAUAUUGCGUUACAAAA